AUGCUCAAGCUUAAAACAGAUCAGUUCAAAGACGUCCAGGGAACUCUGUCUGUGUAUAAGGCAACAAUCAACCUGGCACUUGGUAGCGCGAACCUCCGCCAACGUCAAGUUACGAAAGGAACUCUUGAUAAAUAUAACGCUAUGAUCCUGGAUACAGUAGGAGCUUUGAACAAUCACAUAGGCCACGUUUAUGACCACCUAAACAACCUACGCUCACAGAGGACCAGCUCCUUCAAUGGACAGGAGGAGUUAGAACUGAUGUUGAAACAAAAGUAUCGAACCAAACAGUGUCUCUAUAUUUACCAAAAAAUCUCAGAGUCAAUCAACCGUGGGCGAUUGGCUGUUCAAGAUGGUGCCUACAUAGCUGGUAACACAUCAUAUGCGCCUAUAACCGUCAACGGCAAUUUCAACGCGGACAAAAUAACUGCCAAUUUUCCUGAUAAAUUUUUAUUGGGAACAAUAAAGACAGGUGCAGAACUUGAGCGAGCCUGUCAGUUGAUACAAGAUAAACCCAAGCAAUUUCCAGCCCACAGAAUUGAGGAGGUCGACGAAGUAAUUGCCGAACGGUGCCGGAGACGAAAUGAAAAAGACAUGUUUACAGGAUGUCUGUCGAUUUGCGAUAAUGCCACUCGGAGAUCAGAACAAGCCAGGAUCAAUGUUUUUGAGGAUAUUCAUGCUGCUGAAUGGGCUGAACAGUCAGAUAUAUCCGUUGUCGGUGAUCUUAUCUCUGCCAAAAAAUAUCACAGCAAAGCCGCAUUCAGAGCAGGUCCUGGGGCAGGUAUCAGCUCCCAAGUUUUUGAAUUAUCGUAA